UUGAUUGUUUUUGCUGGAACAGCUGUUGGGAACAUUGUUGUUGUCCUCUUUGUGUCUGGCAGGUGCAAAAUAAUUGGAUUAUCUUUGGAUAAAUCAAAGCAAAGCCUAUCACCCACCAAGAAUAUGGCCACGGUGCGCAUUCCUAAGCAGAAAGUAAUCCUUUGUGGGGAUUAUGGAGUGGGCAAAAGUUCCCUAUUCCGGCGCUUCGCCACAAACACCUUUGUUACGGACACGGAUAGGAAGUCCACAUUGGGAUUGGAUCACAUUGAUCGAGAAUAUAGCGUUAAUGAAAAGCAGAUCAAGCUCCAACUUUGGGACACUGGUGGCAUGGAGCGCGUAGCUUCGGUGACCUCUUCAUACUACAAAUUCGCCGAGGGUGCCAUCCUCGUCUUUGCUCUGGACAACGCCGCCUCGUUUCAUUCCCUCUCCCAGCACCUGCUGGAUAUUGUGACAUAUGCGGAAAAUGCGAAAAUCUUUAUCUGCGGCAACAAAAGCGACUUGGAGGGCAGAGAGCCCGAAGUGAGUGAUGAGGAGGUGGAGGCAUUCUGCGAACAGUGUCAUUCCCUGAUUAGUGCGACCUACAAAACCUCCUGCCGUAGCGGUGCCGGUGUGGAGGAGAUGUUUCGUGACAUUUCACGGCAACUAGUCCAUGCCAAUCGAUCCAAGAUGGAGUUGCAGGCUCUGGAGCAAAAAAGCUUCCAAGUGGAUUCAGCCUCCGAUGCUGCUGUUAACGAGGAGGAUGCCUCUUCUUGUGGUUGCUAGCAGUUGGGGAACAUUGAAUUUGGCUAGGUAAGAGUUUAAUCUCCUGGCUAGGUUCAAUGGGAGCGCAGAAAUGUAUUUUUAAUAGUUUUGUUUAUUUAUUAACACUUUUUGGCUAUGCUUAUGGUUUUUAGAUACACAUUAAUUUCGAAUUUACAUGAAAUAUGUACGUCCCGAAAGUGAAUACGAGUCAUAGAAUUAAAUAUUUUUAUCCUGGCGCCACUAGAUGCCAAAAAAUUAAGGAGAGCCUUCACAUGGUUAUUAUGAUCAUCAUAGUUAUGAUGAUUUUCAGCGUUUACAUUUACAAUUAUUUAUUGGCUAUAGAAGGCUCCUCCUUUACAUAUACGUAGAACAUGAAGUAGGAUUGGUCGAAAGGAUGCAUUAAGAAACUAGAUAACUGAAGAAAAUUAUAAUAUAAUAAUUUAGUGAGCUAAGGAGAUAUUUUGGAAUAUUUUGAAUAUUUAUAUUUAAGAUAAUAAUCCAAAAAACACUUUGCCACACCAAUGACACUUUGUGAAACGAUCAGUCCCGACCUAGAACAGAUUAGUGCGUAAGUAUACAGCUUUCUUCCACAUUAUAUCUCAUUAAGAUAAAAUAUGUAUUCUAAACAAUAAAUAAUCACCUCACAAAACUGGAA